AUGUCCAAUACACAGCUGACUAUAGCAUUCCUCCCUAACCAUGAACCCCCAUGGCUGACACAGCUGACUAUAGUAUUCCUCCCUAACCAUGAACCCCCAUGGCUGACACAGCUGACUAUAGCAUUCCUCCCUAACCAUGAACCCCCAUGGCUGACACAGCUGACUAUAGCAUUCCUCCCUAACCAUGAACCCCCAUGGCUGACACAGCUGACUAUAGCAUUCCUCCCUAACCAUGAACCCCCAUGGCUGACACAGCUGACUAUAGCAUUCCUCCCUAACCAUGAACCCCCAUGGCUGACACAGCUGACUAUAGCAUUCCUCCCUAACCAUGAACCCCCAUGGCUGACACAGCUGACUAUAGCAUUCCUCCCUAACCAUGAACCCCCAUGGCUGACACAGCUGACUAUAGCAUUCCUCCCUAACCAUGAACCCCCAUGGCUGACACAGCUGACUAUAGCAUUCCUCCCUAACCAUGAACCCCCAUGGCUGACACAGCUGACUAUAGCAUUCCUCCCUAACCAUGAACCCCCAUGGCUGACACAGCUGACUAUAGCAUUCCUCCCUAACCAUGAACCCCCAUGGCUGACACAGCUGACUAUAGCAUUCCUCCCUAACCAUGAACCCCCAUGGCUGACACAGCUGACUAUAGCAUUCCUCCCUAACCAUGAACCCCCAUGGCUGACACAGCUGACUAUAGCAUUCCUCCCUAACCAUGAACCCCCAUGGCUGACACAGCUGACUAUAGUAUUCCUCCCUAACCAUGAACCCCCAUGGCUGACACAGCUGACUGUAGUAUCUCACCCUAACCCUGGACUUUCCCCUCCGAUAAACAGUGGACUGUUGUUUCCCAACAUUACCCUGAACUUCCCUCUUCAUAAAUCAGGGGACACUAUUCCAUCCAAACCCUGA